AUGGGAGAAGGAGCGUGCGUGUUUGUGUUUGGGGCGUGCCUGACCCGUUCUGGCGAAAUUGCCACGGCCCGUAGUACCGACACCGGCCCAAUCAGCAGUGUCUAUUCGGGCGCCAAGUGGGGCCGUGUUGCGCCGCCCGAGACUACAAUGGACGCCUGGGCCAAUCACGGCCCGUGGUCGGAGAACCCACCCGCCGAGCCACAAAGAGAGAAAACGACAUUCUUUCAUGCACAAUUGAUGGUGAAGUAG